AAGCACGAUCAUCUCGAGGGGGAGGAAGCCCAGGAAGAGCAGCAGCAGCAACAGGACUACGGCAAGGAAGGGGAGGAAAGUGGAACCGAGAGCUCCACCAGUCGUUAGAGCGAUUGAGAAGGAGAAAAAAAGUGAACCACUACCCCCUAACUAAAAUCCGAAAACAUCCUUUCAAAAAAAAAAAAAAUGAUGAAUUCCACCUUUGGCAAAACGUUUCUCUUUCUCACGAACCUCGCGUGGAAGAGUCGGGUCACACUGCCGGUGCUCAUAACGGCCGGAUUCAUGAUACUGAACUUUCGCUGGGAGGUCGAGAUCAACAUCCACACCGAACGGAUCGCCAUCCAGGGCGUGGAUGAUGGGCGGGGUGGUGGAGGAGGAGGUGGCGCUAAUCGCGUUGCAGGCGUGGCCGCGAUCGAUUACAGCCUGGAGGAGUCGUGGGAAAGUACCGACGAGGACGAGGACGACGAUGAGUACGAUGAGGACGAGGAAACGGAGUACGAUUCCGAGGGGGACGACGAAGAUCUGUCCACGGAUGACGAGUUGAGGCGGAUAUCGUUGGUUACGUUUUGAGGGGAGAGUUUUGGAAAGUAAAGUGGUUGGUCUCUCGAAUCGAUGCAAACGCAUGUUUGUGAUUUGACUAUAUUUAUUGGAAUAAAUUUUAAUGUGCGAA